AUGGCCUCGGAACUCACAAAACACCUGACUCCGAUUAAAGAAGGCCUCAGGGACCUCGCGCAACGCUCUACUGACAUAGAGGAGCGGAUGGACCAAGCAACAUUGCGGACCGAUACCCACAAGUGGGCAAUAGAAGAACUCAGGGACCAGGUACGCGAGCUAGAAGAAGCCCAAGAGGACUUAAAUAAUCGAUCACGCCGCAGCAACAUCAGAAUCCGCGGCAUACCAGAGUCCGUAGAAAUACCACCCUCUGUGAAUAGUUCUGUGGCCUACUCGCCAGCAGAACUCCUCCUUGACAGAGCCCGUGACACCCCCUCCAGAUUGAGGGACACCAGGUUCACUUCUACCACGACCUGGCCCCCAGCACCUUGCGCAAACAGAGGGAACUGCGGCCCCUAA